AUGAGUGACAGGGAUGAACAUACAGGAUGUUGGGAAGGCUUCGUGGGGCGGGAGACAGAGAGGGAUCUGUCACAGCGUCUGCAGUACCGGGUGUACCCCGGGCCGCUGCUCCCAGCGCAAACCGCCGCCGCGCACUCGCGCGCCACAUCCCUCUCCGACAUAGGCAUGGGCGGGCUGGGCGCGCUGGGCGGCGCGGGCGGAGUGUUGGCGGCGGAGGUGUGCGCGCCGCUGCUGCUGCUGUGCUGGCUGUGCUGCUGGCCCGACGACGAUCGCUCCGAUUCUAGCUCUGAAAUGUAUCCUCAAAAGCCUGUUAUGUCUAACGAGUCAAGUUCGCGACACCGAUCCGGCGAACUUUUCGGAAGGCGUUUUGCAAGUAGCGCCGUAUCUUUGCACACACCGAGCACCUCUGGUCACACAAAACAACCGCUGUCCGCUCAUCGAAGUCACGAGGAGAUAAGGAGCAGGCGUAAGUCGCAGCUGGAGCCGUCGGACCAAGAGGCUCGCUACCACUCCGCGCCCAGCGUCAUCGACGAGGUCAUACAUAGGCGAGAUUGGGAGCGCUCCACUAAGGAACUCUACAUACCUCUCAAACCUGACAGCGAAUUCUCUAAUGUGAGCGACGUCUCCGACAAGUCAGAGAAAGAGAACACUCCAGAGGACACCACUGACAUGGACAAAGUUGUCGUCAGAACUUGCAAGAAACACUACACCAACAUCAAAUCUUCUCGCAAAAAAGAAGUCAAUAAGGAAUCACUGAACGAUGAUGUUAAGGACACUGACGCUUCCGAAAGUGUGACGAAUUUUUACAUCGGUGACACGAGUGCUAGAACCAGCCCCAACGAGAAUUUAAGUGAGAUAAAAGCUGUAGACACGAUUAAGAAUACCUACAAAGUAAAGGAAGCCAAGCAAUGUCUAAACGAAUCUAUAAGAACCAAGGAUCGACAGAGACAGCCGUUGAUUCCUCUGGCUGAGUUCCAAGUGGCUGGGUUUGAUAACAAUGACUUAGAGAUAGAUCUGGAUCGGUCAGGUGCUAUACACCACAGCGUGGAAUCUCGCUCCAGUCUCCACAACACUCACACUAUUCCAGCUCCACCGCCAUCUGUAGAAGCGGUGGGCUACGAGUGGGACGCGGCGUACCUGGAGGAGAGCGGCGCGGCGGGCGUGUGGCGCGCGCCGGCGCCGGGCUGGCCGCGCGCGCGCCACGCCAGCGCCGGGGACGUGCUCGCGCCCGCGCCGCGCCCGCAGUCCGGCGCGCUCUCCGAGAGCGACCUGGACUUCGAGCUGGAAGGUUGCGACGAGCCGCCGCCCGCCUACCACGAGCUCGAUCUGCUCGCCGCGGACCGGAAGGAGACUGCGAUAUAA